AUGAACGUAGCUCAGGUGAGUGGCGGCCUGACGGGCAGGAGAGGCCUGCAUCUCCCAUUGAAUGACGUGUGUUUCAUUCUCUGUGCUGUGUGUGUGGUGUUCAGUUGAAGCGGCAGGCGGCGGGUGUAAAGGAGAGCCUCGAGAAGCUGCUGCAGCUCCACUCACAGGUCAGGUGUGAUGUGAUGUGAUGUGAUUGCACCUGACCGGCCCGACGUCACACAUUCGUGCCUUUCUUCGUCGCUGGUGUGCAUCAGGUUGGUGCUCAUCUAUCGCAGAUCAAGCAGCUGGACCCUGCCACUCACCCUCUUGAGGUACACACCCACACCCUGGACCAGGCAGCAGGUCGAGGCACUUCACUAGAUGGUGUGUGCUGCUCCCUCUGCUGCCUGCUUGUCGUAGGCGUCGUCACCUGAGUCGCUGCAGAUGCUCGUGCAGCUGUCCCUCGCCGCCGCCCAUGUCAACAGUGCCGUCACUCAGCUGUCGUGUGCUGAGUCGGGUCUCUCGGGAGCCGUUGAUGCGCUGACGGCCACAGCCAUUCCACCACAAGCCAGUAGCUCGGCAGCUGAAGGGACCGAUCAACAGCCACAGGUACAGAUCAUGCAACGCACAGAGUCAGUAGAGAGGAUUGUGUCCAUGCCCCCCCAUGUGUUGGUCGCAGACUCGGCGCCCAUCGUAUCGUUUGAUCCAUCGAAGCGGCAACCCUCCCCCGGUCCACAACCAAAGACCUGUAAGGGCCACGCACAGCAAUGAGUGCGAUGUAAUCAGCCCAUGGCGUGUUGUUGUCCUGUUGAUUGUCACUUCAGGCCCGUCGUCGGCUGUCGCGUGAUGAGUUGGCCAAUGUGUUUGGCCACCUGCAGCCCUGGGAGCUGACGCGCUACCGCCGGCGUCUCGGCACGCCCCUCUUCCAUCAGUCGGCCGCCAACUACACCCACCUGGUCAUCGACUGUGAGGACGACACGGCGCGGCGCAUGUGGGAGACCAUGCCGCUGGCCGUGGCGCACAGAUGGGGCAAGAGCGCGACCAACGUGCGAGAGAUCAAGCACCGCCACCCCAAGUGGCAUGACGAAUGGUAUUGCGGCACCUGGGUGGCCCUCGUGGAAGGUCAUGCCAUCGGGCGGGAGGCCAUAGCAGAGAAGAAGAGACGGGAGAGGAAAAGAGGGGAUGGCACAGCUGACGCUGUGGCGAUGCGAGAUGGUGACGACCCCAGAUCGGCUGACGAUGGCACAUUGGAGGUGCUGUCAUUCGAGCAGGUCAAGCUCGACAACAGCAUUGACAUCUCCUACCCUCCCCCCUCAUCUGAUCUGCCGCCCAUCCCCACCGCCCCCGUCCACCUGCCCGCACUCAAGACGGUCCGCAACAUAGCCAACGAGUGCCUGCUGGCGCGUGUGGGCCGCCAGUGGCGCACACCUGCCGUGAAGACGCUGAUCAUCAGGGACAGUUGGGCGGCUAGUGGUCUAAGGGCAUGGGUGGCCAACUGUGAGGCCGUUGAAGUGCUGGACCCCGCCAUUUUGGACGCCAGCGAUGCGGUGUAUGUGCCGAGUGCGCUGCCCGCUGACGGGAAGUCGUUGGCGGCGCUUCGCACACUGCGCGGCGUCGAGAUGAAUGGCAGCAGCCCCGCCGGCUUCGACAGGCUGCGUGAGGUGCUGGUGGCGAGGGGCGUCAGCCGGUCCAUCCGCGAGCUCGAGAUCGGCAUGGGGUGGAUGCCGAGCACUGACGAGACUGUGGAGCGGUGCCAGAGCGUCGCACGGCUCAUGUAAGGACACAACAGAGAGAGAGAGAGAGAGGGAGAGAGGGACAGAGAGAGAGGGGGGGGGCUGCAGAGAGACAGUGCAAUUCAUUCCUGUGCUUUGCCUUUGAUCAGUGACGCCAUUGCUCAUCCCGAGGCAGUGCAGAAGGGCGUCUUCGCACUCAGCAACGACGGCACGUGUGGACAGAUCGACCCAGAGCUCCUCUCGCGCAGCAGCACCGGCCCCGCCGCCGCCCAGAAGCUCAUUCGCGACUUCGCCAAGAGAGCCGGCACGGCGACCUACAGCGGAGAGGACGAGGCCCAUCCUGCAGCCAUCACUGACGACACAUUCCCCGCCGCCCACACACUACGGCUGCUGGGUGAUGCCCUCGACGAUGAGGCCAAGAUGGAGCGGGCGGUCGAGAUCGCCUCGCACAUGCCCAGCCUGUCGUGCGUCAAGAUAGGAGACCACCAGGAGCUGGAUGCACCUGCUACUGAGGUGUGGCGUUUCCUCGAGCGGCUGCAGGCGGCGCUGGUCAGUAGGGGCAAGGAGAGGAGCCUUUCGGUGGAGAUGUAUCUGUCACCGAGUGCAUUUGUGGAGCCCGUGCACACUGAACGGAGUCCCUGUCUGUGGGGGCGGGGCAGCAACGACAACUUGCCGCCGGUGGAGGAAGUGACGAUCACCGUGCUCGGUGAGGGGGUGGGGGCGCAGGGGACAACCAGUAGCCAUGGCAUCUGUGUGUGUUCAUUCACUGUAGGCGGUGUACAGGAUGACCACUAUGAAACCUUUUACAGUAACGUGAUGGCCACGAUCACGUCCUUCACGGACGAGCUCAAGGUAGCGCAACACCAUACAGCACACAGACACAGCUGUCCAAGGAUGUGUGGCUACGCCAUUCGCCCUCUUGGGUGAACGAUAGGGUCACAAGAAGACCUGUGUGGAGUUGCUCAAUUGUCACCUGCGCACCGACUUCCAGCGGCGCUUCAUGGCGCAGCAGGCCGGCCUCAGCCUCCUCAGCGGCGGGCCCUAUAAGCUCAGCCUCGAUGUCUGCGGGCUGUGUGUCGAGCGCCGCAAUGCCGCCACAUAGGUCGACACACAUCACACACACCACAACCCACGACGUGCCUUGAGUGUCUGUCUGUCUGGCUGUGUGUGUCGCCUAUCAGAUGGUCACUCGGCGGCCCAUGAAGGUUGCUGAGACAGCCGUAGAUGGAUGCUGCUGUGAGACAACGCCUUGACGGUUUGCAGUGUAAAGCGGUGGGGUGGGGUGGAGGACAGCUAGAUGAAUGAGUGACUGGUUAGCGGGAACGGAGGGCUUCCCUUGCAGCCACCACGGCCCACAGUGGUUGGCUGUGCGGUGCGUUGCUGUGUGGUUGCUGAGAGCUUCAUGCGUGUGCAUGUCGAUGGUCCAUACAUACAUACCUGACUGAGUUGCUGUGAAUUAAUGCCUGCGUCCUCCAGAUCACACACAUGGAUGUCUUCACUGGGCACCAAUCAGCCAGCCGGUGGGUCGGUCAGUCAGUCAGUCAGUCACACAUGGACACACCAAAGCAAUUCGCUUUCUUGGGAAACGGACUUUUUCUCAGCGUGAAACGGACUUCGGUGUGGGCUGGAUGAAUGUCAUCAGAUGCCUCAGAUGACUCAGCGGACCCUCCUGUGAGACACCAAUGGGCCUUUGCUGCCUCGCGUGAGAGC